AGGAGGAGGUGGCAGACCCUCGCGGGGGAGUAUGCCAGUGGACCCCUAAGCAUGUGGCCCAGUGGCCGAGAGCCAAGGGCUUCUGUGACCAUGUGGAGCUCCUGUGUAACUGGCACGAGAAUCAAAGGCACUUGUUCAACGGAGGCAGGCUUUCGGGGCGGAAGGGAACACCAUGGACCGUGUGCUAAAUCAGGGAGCCAGCCAGCAGUGUUACUACUGCACCUGUUCACAUGGAUCCUGGCCGUCUGUGGGGAAGAAGAAGGGGUUGUUUUGACAAAAGAACGCUGCAUUUACUUAUUUUGUCUGCCUCUUUAUUACAGCUUUAUUCGCUUAUGACUUCCACCAAAAACACCCAGUGUUCACGUUGCUCUGUCAAAGAGCUGGAAAACAUUCUGGACACCUGCGUACUUGAUCUAACACCAGCGGAUGAAGUUUGGCCAAACCUGCUUAUAGGCAAUGUGGCCACAGCACAGAACAGGGGCAUCUUGCAGGAAAUGGGCAUCACUCACGUGCUGAAUGCCGCCCACUCCAAGCAGGGCAGCAUAGGGCAGCAGCAGUACUAUGGCAGCUCCAUAAAGUACUGGGGGGUUCCUGCUGAAGACACCCCCCACUUUGACUUGAGUGUUUACUUCAGACCUGCAGCCCAGUUUAUCCAUAAAGCUUUACGGAAAAAAGACAGCAAGGUGUUGGUGCACUGCAUCAUGGGAAUUAGUCGAUCAGCUACACUGGUUCUCGCUUACCUCAUGCUGUAUCAUCAUCUAACUCUCCUAAAGGCCACUGAAGUAGUCAUCAUGAAAAGAGCUAUUUACCCCAACAGGAAUUUCCUCACUCAACUGGUUGAUCUGGACACUCGCUUAGGGAGAAAACGACGUCUAUGUCCGAUUUUGUAAAUGGAGUUUUUACACUAUGUGUAUUACAUGCAAACUCUACAGACCAUGAAUCCCCAUGAACGUCUUCAUUCUGACCGUGUCCUGGAAGUGAAUCAGUGACUUAUGUUAUGUGCAUUAUGUUAGAUAUCAAAUGAAAAACAAACGUGAAUCUGGUGAAAGGA